CUCCGUGAAUUGGCGACACCUCAGUCAAGAACAUCGUCAAACACUCCGCGCUAGUAGCGGCAGAAGCUGCUCUCAGGUCAGAUGUGAUUUUGGAACAAAACAAGUUUUGUUUGUUUGUAAGCUAAGAGCAUUCGAGGACGUUUUUGAGAAAUUUCUGCAUUUGGAAGUGAAAGUGCAAACAGAUCGCGAACGAUCCAUUGAUAUGUUAUUGUUUAUGGUGCUCGGUGGCAGCAGGUUCAUUCCACUACUGCUGCGAAGGCAAUGACCCAGAUAAGGGUGCCUUCAAGCACAACAAAGCGAAACUGCGGGAAGUAGGACUAUCGCAUCCGAUACGUCACAAAAGCAAGAAAUAUUUUAUCGAUAUUGAGUCAGACGUGCCAGGGAAGUGUGGAAACCGAUGGGACAUGAGUGAUGCUGCUCUGUCUGGAUUAACUAGGCUGAAAUACGUCAGCUUCUAGGAUUAAGUAAAGAAACAACAUAACUUUACAUCACGUAUAUUUGACAUCGAGAAGUCGGUAACAAUGGGUACCGUCGCAGAGGAAUUAAUUGCUCUUACUAAUGACACCGUAAUGAAUUCAACAAUUUUUAGCUACAUAGGUCAAUACGUAGAUCUAGACUACUCGAUAUGGCUCUACCGGUUACUGACUCCUUUGAUGCUGACCUUUGUGUUGCCUACACUGUUCGUAUUGUUAAUAUACUUAUCAAUUUCCUUUCUCUACGUGUACAAAUUGCACAGUCGAUUCAUCUUACAAGUAUACAACGAUGGAGAUUUUGAUUUUUGGGACGUGGCGCGUACUCUGGUCGCAGUUGUAUGGGACGCCCAUGGAUGGAUUUUCCACGGCUACGAAGUAUGCGGUAUAGAAAACCUACCGGAAACGGGUUCAGCGCUGAUCAUCUACUACCACGGUGCUAUCCCCAUCGACAUGUACUACCUGGUGGCGCGUGUUUAUCUGAAGCGAUCCCGCCUCAUCUACACCGUUGGUGAUCGCUUCCUGGAAAUGCUUCCCGGUUGGUCGUGUCUGGCGCGGGUAAUGAAAGUCAGCCCCGGAACGGUACAGUCCUGUUCCAACGUGCUGAAGGAAGGAAACAUGCUAUCGAUUGCACCGGGCGGGGUUUACGAGGCCCAGUUCGGCGACAGCAACUACGAGCUGCUGUGGAGGCGACGGGUAGGAUUCGCCAAGGUGGCCAUCGAAUCCAAAGCACCUAUUAUUCCAAUGUUCACCGAAAACCUGCGGGAGGGCUUUCGGUCGAUCGGAUUCGCCAAGCGAUUGUUUAUCCGACUGUACAAUGCGGUAAGGUUUCCGGUUCGACCGGUCUAUGGGGGGUUUCCGGUUAAAUUUAGGACCCACUUGGGAAAACCCAUCGAGUACGAUCCAUCGCUGACGCCGGAGCAGCUGCAGGAAAAGGUGGCGUACGCUAUUGAGGAACUGAUCAAUAAAAACCAACGAAUACCUGGCAGUAUUCUGCACGGGUUGAUAGAUAGGUUUGUUGCUAAAAGGAAGAAUGAGUGAAAGGAAUGUAGUUUAUAAGAAUUGAUGUGGAAGCGAACAACUUAACUCGUAUUACUGUAUCCGUACUUAUACAUGUGGCUUGCAAAUAUAGUUAAUCUGGUCAAAGUGUUAAAA